CAAACGCUGAUUAUUUCGGUGAAUUUGUGAAUUUCUGGCACAGUGUGACCAGUCUUUGUUUACCGCGCUGCAUCUCAUUUUGAUAUUCCCGCCUGGAGGAAAAUUAAAAUAAAAAUUACAUAAAAUCAUAUAAAGAUGAUGAAAGAGGACAUAAUCCUGCAACAUUUUGUGGCGAACUGUCAGAAGCUGGAAAUUGAGACGAUAAUUUGGCAAAAUGCGAUCAAAACAUUUCACAAAUUGAACUCGGACGGCUAUUUAACCAGUGAAGCGAAGGAUUGGCUCUGCUGUGCCAUUUACUGCGAGCUGCAACAGGCCAAAAUUAAAAACACACGGCAGGAAGCCGAAGCUGGCGAUGACCCCGCAUCGAAGAAAGUCAAUGGGAAUAGUUGGAACAUUUCGUUGACAAAACUGUUGCGCAGGAUGGGCAUCAAUAUUAUGCGAUUUCUGAAGCGAAUGGAGCACUGGAUAUAUCUGGCGCAGAGUUCGGCGAUCUCACAGAAGGAAAUCGUUGAUAUCAAACGACACUUAGGCAUAAAUCGACUCCUGCUGCAGCACUACAAGCACCUCUUCAGGAAGCUCUACGUGCUGCCUCCGGCAACAGAGACUGAGAGUCGUUCGCAUUAUCAAAUGGUCUACGAAUUUGGCUGGCUGCUGUUUUUGGCGGCACGCAACGACUUGCCCGUCGUGGUCUCGUCCUGCCUGGUCACUGGGUGCCAGGUGCUCGUCUGUGCCUUGGAAUUGGUAUAUGUGAAUGCACUCGAGGUUCCCAGUUCGGAUAUAAUUAAUGCGGAGUUUAAGGGCCUGCCCACCAAUUGGAGCUGCGGUGACUUUGACAUUGAUCUGCUGCGCAAUUAUAGCGCUCUCGAGGCCAUCUGUGAACUAAUUCCUGAGCUGUCAUCGAAGAGUGUGUCGAUGAUGAGGAAGAUAUUUCACAAGGCCGUCAUGAGCAUGUUUAUGGAUCAGCGACUGCUCGGCAACGAUAGAAGCUUGCGGCAUCUGAUCAAGGAUGGCAUUCUGGAGGUGAACUUGGCCUCGCUUAACAGCAGCUAUGCACAGCACGUGUCCGACAUCACUGAGAUCGACGAGCGAAUUCUAUUGACGCAUUUCAUUGCUGAAACACCGUCAAAGGCACAACUCACAGGAAAACAGCUGCCGAGGAACGGAGCUGAUCUUUAUCCUUAUGCUCAACUGUCGUUGAGCAGCAGCCAGCGGGAUAAUCUCCUCAAGCUGCUAACGGGUGAACUGCUGCCAUCGAUGCCAGUCCACAUAAGCAACGAGCUGGACCAACACGAGUCCAAUGUCUUGGAGACCAUUCUGCUGGACAUGUGUAACAAAUUCGAGAGUGCUGUCCAUUUCAAGGGGGAGGCCAUGGAGUGUUGCCUGCACCUGGGCAAGGGUCUUUAUUACACACUGCUGGGCAAGAUCCUUGCCGCCGAGUUGCAACGUCGGCCAACAUUAAAAGUUGGCCAGUUUCUAAUGCAAAAGAAUCGAUUUAAUGCCACACUGAUUGCGUGCUGCUUGCAACUGAUGUUGCACAUCCUUGGAUCGACGCUGCAGUUGCAGUGGCUGCUCCAAUUAUUUGCCAUCAAUGCAUACGAGUUCCAUAAGAUCAUUGAGCUGGUUGUGACACAUGGGAGGCACUUGCUGACGCGUAAUCUCGCCAAGCAUCUGGGUGACUUGGAGGUGCGUUGCUUGGACUCACUCAUCUGGCAGAGAAACUCGCCGCUGUGGCUCAUCUAUGGCAACCUGCCCCGAUACCAGCACGUGCAAUUGUCUGUCUCCUCGGCCAGCAUUUGUCUGCGUAAAUUUUAUUACUUGGCCAAUCAGCGGCUUGUCCAGUUGUGUAAGGGUCUCUGCAUGCUGGAGGAAUACCCACAAAUCUGGCACAUUGUCGAGCACUCGAUUAGUGUACACGGCGCCGAGCUUCUCUUGGAGCGUCAUCUCGACCAGCUGCUCCUGUGUGCCGUCCACCUUUGCAUGCGCAAAUUGUGCCUCCGUAGCAGCUUCAGCGACAUCAUCUUCCAGUACCGAUACCAGCCGCAUGCCCAAAGUGCCGUCUAUCGCGAGGUGUAUAUGUCGCCCGGGCAACCCACAACGGACAUAAUUAGCUUCUACAAUCGGUGCUAUGUGCCUCGAAUGUUGGACUAUGCGCAAUCGCUGCAUUGCAAGCAGUUCGCCAAGGAUGCUCCCAAGCGGCCACUGCUUGAGCAACUCAGCAACAAUGGUCAUGGUGAGCACAUCAUGAGCAACGGCCUUAAUAUGAAUGUCUUCCUUACGCCCGAGCCAAUGCCCACGAUCUGCAAGGCAGCCGAUUGCCAGUUCAUGAGCAAGGCGGAGACGCCACUCUACCUCAAACGUGCACGUUCCAGCGACGAGCUGAUUAAAUCCUUAUCUUUGGGCAGCGGCAAACGACCAAAUAUACACAAGCAACGCACAUCCUGUCAAUGAACCCAACUCCAAACCAACCCAUCCAAGUGACUGGGCAUCUUUGCCUUGCUUAUUUUGAUAGCCUAUCGAUUUUAAGUUUAGACUUUAGUGAUUCUCAUUGUGAAUGAGGAAUAUGAAUAAUAUUAAAUGAACAAUGAAAAAUAGCAGAAAUGUGCUCCUGUUCAGAGCACGACUAAAUGUUAACCUAUACUACUCCAUCUUAAAUAUAAUCGAAGUUACUUUAUACACUCGG